CGUCGCUCGGGCAACAGCGUCCUAGAGCCCUCGAGUGGGCUGGGUCUCCGCGUCCAGGCGUCCCGGGCACCCAGCGCGCACUUCUCGCCCCACGAGGAGAAUAGGAAGGGGGCGAGGCCUUCCACCUCUUCCUCAUGCUGUGACGUCCCCAGCGGUGUGGCCCCUGGAGAAACAACCGGCUCCGGGAGAUGGGGCGGGCACCCGCCCAGAGCAGGGACCCCCUGGGAGGCCGCUGGCUGUUAACAAGACGGCGGCUUUAAUGAAGCUCCUUCCCAGGAUACACAAAUCCAGAAACGUUUGUCUUGAAGGAAAUGAACCGCAGCAAAAUGAAUGUCAACACCACCAAGUCGGGCAGCACCAGGGCCAGGGAUUUAAUGAGCAAAAUGGCCACUAUGUCAGACUGGCACUGUCCGUGUCCUCACACGCAAAAACCCGCAGAGUUAAGGCCCCACUCUUCACCGUGUAGACUCUGCUCCGGGAGUGGUUUCCCCAAUAUGCUCAGACCUUCAACCACGGAUAUUGCAAAUCCAAUACUGUCCUUCUUAGAUGUUAAACGGAUUUUGUUUCAAAAAAUUACCGCUAAAGGAGAUGAGUUGGUAAAAGCCUUUCACCUGCUCGAUACCGGUCACACCAUGACAGUGUCCAAGAGUGAGCUGAGAAGAAUUGUCACCAUCUUCCUGCUGCCCCUCACGCGAGAACAGUUUCACGAGGUGCUGGCCAAGAUCCCGCUCACCAGCUCUGGGGCCGUGCCCUACCUCGAGUUCCUGUCCAGGUUCGGUGGGAUUGACCCAAAUGUUAUAAAGAGGGACAGCAGGCAUGAAAUGAGGGGCUGUCGGACCCUGAAAGAACUGGAGCUCCAAGUAGGAGAAAAGAUUUUAAAAAACAUUAAAACUGUCAUCAGCGCCCUGAAGCUCAUCGACGUCAGCAAGACGGGCCUGGUCCAGCCGCAGGGGCUGCGCAGGGUUCUGGAGACCUUCUGUCUGCGGAUGAGGGACGACGAGUACAGAGCGUUCGCGCAGCACUACCGCCUUGAUAAAGACGCUGCGGUGGAUUACAAUGCGUUUUUGAAGAACCUCAGUAUAAAUAAUAACUUACACCUUAAGUACCGCAUGGGAAACCAAGAGAUGUCGUGGGAGAAUCAACAAGUCAAAAAUUCCAGAAGGGACUACCUCUUCAGCUCUGAUUUGUCUGAAAGUAGCUGGGAAGACUACUCCUUAGAUGAAAUCGGGAGGACCUUCUGCCAAGAGUUUUCAAAGUCCCGGGGAAAGAUCGAAAAGGCCCUGAGUGCGGGGGACCCCUCCCAGUGCGGGUACAUAUCUCUGAAUUACCUCAAGAUCGUCCUCGACACCUUCGUGCAGCGGCUCCCAAGGAGGGUUUUCAUCCAGCUCAUGAAAAGAUUUGGGCUCAGAACCACCAAGAAAAUCAAUUGGAAGCAAUUCCUAGCGUCACUGCACGAUCCCCCGUGGACGGACACGAGCCCGGCAGCCCCCCCGGCGAGAAGAGCGAGCGCCGACUCCAGAAGUCAGCUUCGCAAGGAGAGCGUCAUCAGGAAGUUGUUUGGACACGGAGACCACCACACGUCGCUGAAGAAAGCGUUGCUGGUCAUCAACAGCAAAGCAGACGGACAGAUGAAGGGGGAGGAGCUGCGACACAUCAUAAACUGCAUGGUCGGGAAGCUGAGCGACUCCGACUUCGGGGAGCUGAUGCAGGCGCUGGACCCCCGGGGCACGGGGCUGGUGGACGUCCGCGCGCUCACCCAGCUGCUGGAGGAGAUCCCGCGCACAGGAAAGCCGUCCUCCUGUGCGGACACCAGGACGCUUCUUCACCCGCCGGCUCGGGACUCGGAGGAAGCCAUGGUGUGCGACGCCGUCGGCAGGAACCCCCAGGCUUUCCACAGCAUGCUGCGGUCCUACGACCUCAGCGACACGGGGCUCAUGGGCGCCAGCAGCUUCAAGAAAGUCAUGCACAUAUUCUGUCCGUGCCUAACGACGGAGCGUUUAACGAAACUCUGCAGUAGGUUUCAGGACGCCGCUUCGGGGAGAAUUCUCUAUAAGACCCUCCUGGCAAGCAUGGGGGUGCACGGCCCGCCCCCCGUCUCUCCGGCUCCCACUCCGAAGGACCGGCUGUUCCGAGAACGCAUUGGGAGGGAGGAGCAGCAGCAGCCGGACCGCUCCGAGAGAACCCCGCCCCCGGAGGAGAAGAGGCCCAGGGCCAAGAGUGGGACCAAGGAGGAAGCUAUCGAGAAACUGCACACCUGCGUGCAGCCGCAGGACCCAGCGCUCAGGAGACAAUUUCUGGAUUUCAGCAGGGAACCCGACGGCAACACUAACGUGUGUGACUUCAGGAAGGCGCUGGAAGAUCAGGGAAUGCCCAUGGAUGACGACCAGUAUGCCCAGCCGACGACUGCCAGAAUGGGAUUCAAGAAAGAAGGGAGGAGUGACCUGCAUUUCACCACCAGAGCUGAAGGUACGGAAGGGCUACAGGCGACCCUACCUCAGACUGCAGUUCCUCCAAAGGGUGACCUGAGCAGCCACUUUGUCAGUGCUGAAGAAUGCCUGCAGCUUCUCCCCCAGAGGCUGAAGGAGUUCUUCCGGAACCCCUACGCGGCCUUCUUCAGGAUGGACGCCGACCGGGACGGCAUCGUCAGCAUGCAGGACCUGCACCGGCUGCUGCGGCAGCUGCUGUUCAACCUCAAGGACCAGGAGUUCGAGCGCCUGCUGGGCCUGCUGGGCCUGCGACUCGGUGUCACCUUGAACUUCCGGGAAUUCCGAAGCUUGUUUGAGAAGAGACCACUCGCAGCAGACGACGCGCCCCAGAGACUCUUCAGAGCAAAACAGAAGGUCACGGAUUCAGAACUGGCUUGCGAGCAGGCUCAUCAGUACCUCGUGACCAAAGCGAAGACCAGAUGGCCGGACUUAUCUAAGAAUUUCACGGAAAGGGACAGCGAGGGCGCCGCCAUCGUCCGCCCGCGGGACAUAAAGAACGUGCUGUUCGGCUUUGACAUCCCCCUCACGCCGCGGGAAUUCGAAAAGCUCUGGAUGCGCUACGACCCCGAGGGGAAGGGGCAGCUAACCCACCAGGAGUUCUUGCAGAAGCUGGGCAUCGACUACUCCGCAGACGCCCACCGGCCCUACUCGGAGGACUACUUCAACUUCAUGGGCCACUUUGCCAAGCCGCAGCAGGGGCGGGUCGAGCUCCUGCCACUGCCACUGAGUGCUGGGAAGGUGACGUCAGCCUGGGACAAGCUGAAGGACCAUUACGAAGACGUCCGGAAGGCGCUGGCCAAACUGGGCGACUCCGGAAGCAGCUCCGUGUCCGCGUGCCAGCUGCAGAGGGCGCUGCAGGAGGGCGGCUGUCCCCUCGGUGACGAGGAGCUGGCCGAGCUUCUGGGCAGUUGGGGCAUCAGCUGGCAGAACAACUGCGUCAACUACCUGGACUUCCUGAGGGCGGUGGAGGGCAGCAGGCCGCCCAGACCGGAGUCGAAAGAGAGAGAGGCGGGUGUGCCGGCCAGUUUCGAGAGGCUGCGUCCCGAGGACGUCCUGAAGAACGUCCAGAAAGUCGUCGCCGCCUCUGGCCCCGCCCUGGCCACGGCGUUUUCUGCCCUGGACAGAGAGGACACUGGGUUCGUGAAGGCUUCGGACUUUGGACAGGUCCUCAAGGACUUCUGCCACACGCUCACAGACAGCCAGUACCACUACUUCCUGAGGAAGCUGAGGCUUCACCUGGCCCCCUGCAUACACUGGAAGUAUUUUCUCCAGAACUUCACCUGUUUUCUUGACGAGACCGCGUCCGAGUGGGCCGAGAGGAUGCCCAGAGGCCCGCCUCCCAAGUCUCCCAAGGAGAUGGCGGGCCAAGAGACCCUGGCCCGGCUCCACAAAGCCGUGACCGCCCACUACCAGGCCAUCGCCCAGGACUUCGAGAACUUCGACACCUCGAAAGUGAGCACCGUGUCCAGGGACGAGUUCAGGGCCAUCUGCACUCGCCACGUGCAAAUCCUGACGGACGAGCAGUUCGACAGGCUCUGGAGCGAGAUGCCCGUGGACGCCAAGGGGCGGCUGAAGUACCUGGACUUCCUGAGCAGGUUCAGUUCCGAGAGAGUGGCGACCCCGCCCAGCACGGGCGACUCGGCCCAGGCCCAGAGAGGGAGCGAGGCCCCCAACCUCUCCGGCGGAGGCAGGUCUGCGGGGUCAUCGCCCACCCGGGACCCAAAGGCCGGGACGAGAGCACGGAGCCACCUCGGUACGCCCGCCAGCGCGGGCACGGUGCCGGGCACCCCGCUGCUGCAGAACUGCGAGCCCGUGGAGCGCAAGCUGCGGAGGACGAUCCAGGGCUGCUGGCGCGAGCUCCUGAAGGAGUGCAAGGAGCGGGACACGCACAGGCGCGGGGCCAUCGCCGCGGCCGAGUUCAUGGAGCUCGUGGAGAAGUUCGGCCUGGACAUCAGCAGGGAGGAGUGCCAGCAGCUGGUCGGGAAGUACGACCUGAAGGGCGACGGGAGCUUCGCGUACUGCGACUUCCUGCAGAGCUGCAUCCUGCUGCUGAAGACCAAGGAGACCUCGCUGACGCGCAGGAUGAAGAUCCAGAACGCCCACAAGAUGAAAGAAGCUGGUGCUGAGACUUCCUCCUUUUACUUGGCGCUGCUGCGCAUUCAGCCCAAAAUUCUGCACUGCUGGCGGCCCAUGCGGCGCACCUUCAAAGCCUACGACGCGGGCAGCACGGGGCUCGUGGGAGUGGCGGACUUCCGGAAGGUGCUGCGGGAGUACAGCAUCAACCUGUCGGAGGAGGAGUUCUUCCACAUCCUGGAGUACUACGACAAGACGCUGUCCUCCAAGAUCUCCUACAACGACUUCCUCAGGGCCUUUCUCCAGUAGGGCCCCCAGCGGCGUGCGCGGCGUGGACAGACGGGGCCGUAGAGCCGGUCCCCGAGACCCACAGAACCACGCGGCCCGCGAGGCCUCUCGGACCCCCGGACUGUCUCCAGAAUCGAGACCAGGCCCGCACC